AUGUGCACGCACACUCAGGCAGUCACGGUGGCCAUGGCCAGACGGACGUGGUUGGCGACCACCAGUUGGUUGUUUCGCGUUUACAGGCCAACCUCUUCAACUCGUUCAGACGCAAACGGUUCGGGCUUCGCCGUUUCGCUCGCCCAAUCCCGCAGAUGGAGCGGACGCAAACUCGAAGGGAGAAAAGAUUCGGUCUGCUAA